AUGGAAGACAUUGAGAAGAAGGUGCAGCCAGAGCAGAUCGUCUCAGCGGUAGAGCUGGAACCUGUCAAACCGAAAGGUGUGCUCGCAAAGAUCCGCUACUAUGAAGAGAUGCUGGAUCGCAAGCUCGGCAUCGAGGCCCAUAGUCUGGAACGAGUGCACCCUGAAGAUCGCCAUCCACCGAGCGACGUGGUCAUGGCCUUCAUGUGGGCCUCUGCCACAAUGAACAUCAGCUGUUUCAGUACUGGGUUCUUGGGAAAGCAAUUCGGGCUAUCGUUGGGACAAACGAUUCCCAUCGUGAUGUUUUCGACUUUGUUAGGUGCAAUGGUGACGGGUUGGUGUGCGACGAUGGGACCCGGCACGGGUCUGCGUCAGGUUGCCAUUGCUCGAUUCUCUUUUGGCUAUUACCCUUCAUCGAUCAUCGCAUUGCUGAACGUCAUUGAGCAACUUGGCUGGGCCUCAGUCAAUUGCAUCACAGGCGGACUGGCUCUCAGCGCCGUAUCAGACGGACAUGUCUCUAUCGCCGUAGGUGUGGUUAUCAUCGCCUGCGUGAGUCUGCUAUUCAGUUUCGUCGGCUUGCGCGGUGUCCUGCUGUAUGAGAAGUAUGCUUGGAUGCUGUUCUUCGUCAUUUUCAUGAUUAUCUACGGCGAGGCCGCCCACCGCGCCAACAUCUCCGCGCCUCCUACGGUCUCGGGUCUGGAGCGCUCAGGAAAUGUGCUUAGCUUGAUCAGUGUCGUGUAUGGAUCGAGCGCUUCGUGGAGUUCCAUCGUCUCGGACUUCUACGUGCACUAUCCUGUCAACACCCCUAAGAUCAAGGUCUUCUUGUAUACCACGCUUGGUAUCACGAUCCCGACGUGUAUCGGUAUGCUACUGGGUGCCUGCAUCAGCUCUGCGCUGGACACAAACCCCGAAUGGCAAGCCGCAUACGAUAACGGAAUCGGUGAAAUCCUAAAGGAAAUCAUCUACCCAACCGGAUUUGCCAAAUUCCUGCUGGUACUAUUAGUCCUGUCUGGCAUCGGCGUCAACGUAAUUGCUAUCUACUCCGGCGCACUCUCCGCCCAACUAUUCGCACCACCCUGCGCCAAGGUUCCCAGAGUAAUCUGGUCAUUCCUAGUAUUUGCAGGCGUUCUCGCUCUCGGCAUUGCAGGCCGGAACAAACUUCUCGACGUAUUAGAGAAUUUCCUCUCGCUGCUUGGCUACUGGAACACCUCCUUCUUUGCGAUUUUGUUUAUUGAACAUUACUACUUCCGAAAAGGAAGCCUGGCCAACUACGAUCUAGACGCUUGGAACGAUUCCUCCCGCAUGCCAGUCGGGUAUGCGGGUCUGGCAGCAUUCUUGUGCGGCGCUGCAGGGUGGAUUGUGGGUAUGGUGGAGACAUACUAUGUCGGAGCACUUGCGAAUAUGAUUGGGAAGGACGGCGGUGACAUUGCUAACGAGCUGGCAUUGGUGUUCAGUUCCGUUUCGUACCUGCCCAUCCGGAAGCUUGAGCUGCGGUAUGUGGGACGGUAG